AAGUAUUGUAGGAACCAUUGUGGACUCCUCCCUCCGUUCCUUCUCCUCCCACCUAAAUCCUAGUGCUCUCCUUGUCCGGUCCUUCCUUCUCCAUCCCACCAAAAUCCUUGUGUAAUGUCGACUAUUUCCAUGGAUCCUCAAGUCUACAGGGCUGCAAAGCUUGGUAAAACUACACUUCUCCAGCAUGUAGUGGAUGAAGAUUCUAGCCGACUGCUGAGAGUAACUCCAAAUAAGAACACAACCCUUCACGUCUCUGUGACGUUUGGUCACAGAGAGUUUGUGAAGAAAGUGUACUUUGCUCUUCUUCAACACAAUUCAAGUUUAGAAGGCAACACGGAGUACAGCAAAAGCCUAUCUCUUCUCACACAGGUGAAUUCAGAAGGUGAUACUGCCCUUCAUGUAGCAGCCAGAGAAGGCCACGCUUCCAUUGCUAAAUUUCUAAUUGAAAAGAUUAAGCCUUGGCCUUCUGACCAUGACAUUGAAAGUGGAAGUAGUAGUUUACUUGUUCCUGAGAAAAUAAGGAUGAGAAACGAAAGCAAAAACACAGCCCUGCAUGAAGCUGUGCAAAGAAAUGACCUUGAGAUGGUGAAGUUGCUGACUGAGGUUGAUCCUGAUUUAGGGCAUCCCAACUAUGAUGUUGAUGUGGAUGGACAUGGGGAGUCUCCACUCUAUUUGGCUGCCAAAGACGGACACUUGGAUAUUCUCAACCAUAUCUUUCUCAUUUGUCCAUCUCCAGCUCACGGUGGACCAUAUGGCCGGACAGCAUUACAUGUGGCUGUCAUUGAGGGGAGGCUAGAUGUGGUGAAAAUACUCUUAGAGAAGAAGGGAGAAGUACUUGUGAAUAAAGCAGAUAAAGAUGGAAGGACCGCUCUCCACUAUGCAGUAUCCAAUAGAUAUAAAAACGUCCUUGAACAGUUGUUAUCCAAUAGAUACAACGCCCUCGAGAUAGUACAACAGUUGUUAAGGCAUGAUACUUCCAGUGCGUAUAAAUUGGAUAAAGAUGGUCUCUCACCACUUCACAUAGCUGCACUUGAAUCAAGCAUUAAGGUAUUUCGAGAACUCAUCCAAUGGUGUCCAGAUUCGGGGGAGUUGCUGGACAAAAAGCAUCGUAAUGUACUUCACUUUGCUGUGAUGAGUAAGGAUUUCAAGAAAAUCAGUUUUGCCUUAAGGCAAGUAGAGCUUGAGGGACUGGUAAAUAAGACAGAUGAUGACGGAAACACCCCAUGCCACCUUGCGGCAACACUUGGCUCUUUCAUGCUUAUGCGACAUUUUCUUUCAAUUAGAAGAGUUGGCGUAAAAGCGACCAACAACAUGGGCCAAACAGCUGCCGAAAUUUUUCAAUCUACUCAAGAAGGAAACACAGCUUCGAUGUUGUUAUACCAAUUAUUGAUGGCUCAUAUUUUUUGGCCAUGGCAUGCAAUAAAUGUAAGAGGAGAAAAUAAAUGGAUGAUAGGAGGAGGAGGAGGAGCAAAUAAGGAGCAAAUAAGCAGUGACCCCCUGCAGAAUCAGGCAGAGGGAGAAAAAAAAGCAGCAACAACAAAGGUUACAAAAAACCAAAGAGAAAUGGGGAAAACUCUCCAAAUAGUAGCCUCUCUUAUUGCCACCGUAGCCUUCACAGCAGUUUUUCAAGUCCCCGGUGGCUACAAUAGCGAUCCCAGUAGCAAGGCUUAUGGAAAGCCUAUACUCAUCGACAAUGGAGACUUCAAAAGUUUUAUAAGGAACGAUAUUGCCGCUUUGAGUCUGUCGCUUAUUAGUUUGAUGGUUAUGUUCUUGGCCCCAUUUGCUGGCGACCAUUUCUAUUCUUCAUUUUUUAAAAUGGGUACAUUUCUUAUAUGCUGCGCAAUUCUCUUCACUAUAGUAGCGUUCUUCAAGGGCAUGACGGCAGUAUUAUCAAAUUUUGACGUAGUCCUUGACCAAUCCAAUACCGUUUCUGCUUUCACUUCUUUAAUUGUGUCAUUAGUUUAUAUCUUAUUUCUUGCAGAUAUUGUUGCUACUUUAUUUCUUCUCAGGCAUUCACGAAUCGAGUCCUCAAAGAAUUUGAGUCUUUUACUGCUAGGUAUUUUGUUCCUUUUAUAUUUGUCAUUUUUCGGUUUCAAAUAUUCUCCUUAUUAAAAGGAUGAAUUAAGAAAAUUAAUGUGUUGUGGUUUUAUCUGUAUUUGUUAUGUUGGUCUGGACUCUGGUAUUUGAAGUGACACUACUGUAAUGUGUUGUUGUGAAUCUUCUAUAUAUUUUAGUGAAAUUACUCUACUUAAAAAAAGUUUUUUCUA